AAGAAAACAGAAGUCGAUAUCAAAGGGGGUCAGCAUCCUGUUUGGGACGCUGAGAUCAGAUUCCCAGUUAUGAAAGGUACUGCCGACAAGUAUCGGAAGCUAGAAUUGUCUUGCUGGUCGAAGGAGCCUAGAACAGACGAGCUGCUUGGGCAAGCGAAGAUUGACAUAUCAGAGACGCUGAAAACCGGCGAGUUUGACGACUGGGUUUUGUUGGACAUUGACGGCGUCCAGCGAGGCGAAGUGUAUCUGGAGAUCACGUAUUAC